AUGGUAACCUCAUCACCAAGCUAUCUAUGCUACUUUGUAGUUUCAGUACUCCUUCUUUCCUUGCCCUCACAUUUUGCAGACCCUGAUCCAUUACAAGACUUCUGUGUCGCUGAUUUCACUCGCGCCUCUAAGUCAGACAACGUCUUCGCCUGCAAGGCAAUCACGGAGGUUACUUCCGAUGACUUUGUCUUUGACGGGGCACGCGAGAAAGGGAACAUCACAGAUCUGUUCGGGUUGAAUGUCACAGAUGGCAAUGUGCUUGCUUUUCCUGCCCUCAACACACUCGGGGUGUCAAUGAACAGAGUUGACUUUGCCCCGGGUGCCUUGAACCCACCUCACUUGCAUCCUCGUGCGAGUGAGAUUGGGAUAGUCAUUGAAGGGACAAUUCUCGCAGGGUUUGUGACAACUAACAAUGUGUACUACUCGAAGGUUUUGACCGCCGGGCAGAUGUUUGUGAUUCCGAGAGGACUUGUGCACUUCCAACUCAAUAUUGGACAAGGGAACGCCCUUUCCAUCACAGCUUUCAACAGUCACUUGCCUGGCUCUUCUAAACUUCCUUUGAAUAUGUUUUCUGCUAUGCCUUCAAUCCCGGACCAAGUGUUAACAAAGACCUUUCAAGUAGACCAAGAUGUGAUCAGCAGCAUUAGAUCCAAGUUUGGCUAA